AUGGAGUCCGACGAGCGCGUGCCUAGUGCAGCUGAGGAAGCUGUGCAGCACGAGGAGACGGUACCUACGUCAAUAGAACAGGAGGAAUCUGUGUCAGCUCGUGAUCAGCAGGCAGAGCCAGCUUCGUCUCUGUUGGUGGAUGUAGAGGAGGAACAGGCGGAGACUUGGUCUGCUUCUGUGCCAUCCCGCCCACUGCAGCGAGGGAAUGAACUCAACGCCCUGCUGGAUAUGGAAACUGCGGAGCCUCAAAUUUCGCAGGAGGAGGCCUUGUCGGGCCUUGCGGAUGAUGUUAAAGAUACACCGACAGCCUCGGAGCGCACAGAGGAAGGGGAAGAGGCUACCGUCGAUGUGGUCUCAGGGCACGACGAUAUAGCCCCUAAAGAGGGCACAAACAAUGACCUCACAGAAUCUACACCGGCUGAGCCUAUCGCCAAAGCAGCAGAUGCCGAGGUACCUGCGGUCUCUGCCGGCAUAGAGGAACGUGAAGAAAAGUCUGCAGAGCCACCUGCGCAAGUCUUGGAUGAGCCGCUAGAACAGCAAACCACAGGACAUGAAGUGGAAGAUUUAGUGGAAACACAGGUCGACGAUACACCGAAGGAACAUGCUUUGGAAUCUGAACCGGCUCCGCUGCCCGAAGACGAGCCUGUAAGUGAGACACAAGAGUCGGCUCUGUCACCCAGGAUGCAAGAGGAAGAGACGGCAUCCUCCGAGAAAGUGGAAGCGCAUACAGAACCGACAGGUGCGCCUGACACCGGCAAGGUAGAAGAAGAGCGCGGCCUUCCGCCUGAUGUGCCUGCGAAAUCGGUGCUCCCUGCAUCGGUGCCGAUCACGCAAGCUGACGUCCCAGAGAUUCCACGUACGGUGCCAACGGAUAUGGAAGAAGAAGAAGUGCCCCGUGCUACACCGAUGCCACUGCCGACAACGGAGACGCAAGAUGUGGAUGUCAAUGCCGAUGAAUCACUAGCGCCGCCUGUGCCGCCCAAAGUGAGUAUGCAAACGGAAGCUGUAACGAGUGACCGGGUGAUGCACCAUUCGGCGUCUUCAGCAAAGAGUUUGAGCCGCGGUAGCGCUGUGUUUGUUGUGUCAGCCCUAGAUGCCCUUGCUACGUCCAAAGAGGCUCGGCGUAGCAAAGGCUUGAAGGAAAGUGUGCAAACAGCGCUCGAUAUGGUCAAGGCAGCUACCGCGCCAGAUACGCCGGUGGGUGCGACCAAUGUGCUUGACCCACGUGUGGUGUUUGAGCCGCUACGCCUGGCAUGUGAAUCGAAGAAUGUCGGUCUACAAACAACGGCUUUGGACUGCAUUGCAAAACUGGUUAGUUACGCCUUCUUUGCCUACGACGAGACGGCCGAAGCCGCGCCGAAUGCGGCAUUGGCCGACCUGGUUGUGGAGACGGUAUGCGACUGCUUUGACGACCAGAUUGAUGAGCGCGUCUCUGUGCAAAUUGUCAAGGCGCUGCUCGCCUGUGUCCUCUCGACCAGCAUCCGUGUGCAUCAAUCGAGCUUGCUACGUGCUGUGCGUACUGUGUACAAUGUAUACCUAAUGAGUCGCGUCGUAGCGCACCAAGCGAUUGCGCAGGGCGCUUUGGGGCAAAUGGUAAGCUACGUGUUUAGUCGAGUGCCGCGUACGGGCACUUCGUCGGAUACGGCGGAGCCGGUACCGCUGGGCAACGAGCCUGUGACGCUGCAGAUGAUUGAGUCGCGUCACUCGCUGGAUGGAGGCGACCGCGAAGAAACAGCACCGAUUGAUGCGCCGGACCUGCUUGUAAAGGAUGCUUUCCUCGUUUUGCGUGCGCUGUGCAAGCUCAGUAUGAAGCCCCUAAGCUCGGAAAGCGAACGUGACCUGAAAUCCUACUCUAUGAGGUCCAAGUUGUUGGCGUUGCGCACAGUCCGAAGUGUCUUGCAACAACACAUGGAUGUGUUUACCAAUGCCAGUGUCCAAAUUUACAGCACGACGACAGGCGAGCAGACAACAUUUGUGCAGGCUGUAAAGCAGUACUUGUGCCUAUGCUUGAGCCGUAACGCAGUCAGCAGUGUAUUGGCUGUCUUUGAAGAAAGUUGUGAGAUUUUCUGGCUUGUGCUAGCUGGCAUGCGUAACAAAAUGAAGAAGGAAAUUGAAGUUCUUAUGAACGAGAUAUACUUGCCGAUCCUGGAGAUGCGCAGCAGCCCCGCACAGCAAAAGUCUGUGUUGCUAGGUAUCCUGAACCGACUGUGCCGCGAUCCGCAAGCUUUGGUGGAAAUUUACUUGAACUACGACUGUGACCGCACCGCGUUAGAAAACCUGUACGAGCGCCUAAUGAAUGUGAUUUCGCGACUGGCACAGACGCCAUCAGCGCACGAGGUCACACCGGUGCCUGACGAGAAGGAGGCUGAUACACUAGAGGUGCGUCUCAAACGCCAAAGCCUGGAAGGGCUGUGCAGUGUGCUCCACUCGCUGGUGGCGUGGAUGGGGCGGUGGGAUGAGACGGUGGCGGCCGAUGAGGCUGUGACAGCUGAAGAUGAGGACGCCACGUCAUCAACAAGUGCCUCUGCAGCAACGUCAGCGAUGCCCAGUGCUUCUGCCUCUGUAGCGGCCGAGGCCUUAGCCGCCGAUGAUGAUCCAGGCCGCUUCGAAAAUGCCAAGCAACGCAAGACUAUCCUCUUGGAAGCCAUUCGUCAGUUUAACUACAAGCCUAAGCGCGGUAUCCAGCAACUUGUGGAUAAUGGCUUUAUUCGCAACAAAGACCCGCAGGCGAUUGCGCGCUUCCUUUUCUAUGCGGAUGGCCUGAGCAAGCGGUCCAUCGGUGAGUACCUCGGUGAAGGCGAGCCGGAGAAUAUUGCUGCGAUGCAUGCUUUUGUGGACCUGAUGGAGUUCCGCGAUAUGCCAUUGACGACGGCGUUGCGUCGGUUCUUGCAAGCGUUCCGUCUGCCUGGUGAGGCACAGAAGAUCGAUCGGUACAUGCUCAAGUUUGCGGAGCGCUACACGGAAGGCAACAAAACGGCCUUUGCUAAUGCCGAUACAGCGUACAAGCUUGCCUACUCGGUUAUUAUGCUCAAUACGGAUGCCCACAAUCCACAGGUAAAGCAUCGUAUGACCUUGCAAGACUUUAUCAAGAACAAUGCAGGCCUGGAUGACGAUAAAGAUUUGCCAGAGCCAUACCUGCGAGCCAUUUACGAUGAGAUCCAAAAGAAUGAGAUUAAGCUGCAUGGCGAAGAGACACCGGCAGCGCCGCCGUCCACAGGGCUGGCUGGCGCGAUUGCGACAGUGGGUCGUGAUUUGCAAGGCGAGGCCUAUCGUAUGCAGACGCGUGGCAUGGCCAAUCGCACGGAAGUUUUGUUCCGUACGAUGCUUCAUGCUCAGCAACGUGCAGGGGCCCAACGUGCCAUGUCGGAGCGCUUCUUUAGUGCGUCGCACAUGGAGCAUGUUAAGCCUAUGUUUGAAGUGGCAUGGAUGUCGUUCCUUGCCGGCAUUUCUGCACCGCUGCAGGACACCAACGACCUGGAUACGAUUCAUCGUGCAUUGGACGGUUUCAAGGACGCGGUAAAGAUUGCCUGCUUCUUCGACCUUGACUUGGAGCGCAAUGCAUUCAUUACCACCCUGGCUAAGUUUACGUUCCUGAACAAUCUCAGCGAGAUGAAGAGCAAGAAUGUGAUGGCGAUUCAGGCCUUGUUGGACAUUGCACAUACAGAAGGCAAUGUGCUGCAAAGCAGCUGGCGUGAGAUUCUUACGUGUGUAAGCCAACUUGAGCGUUUCCAGCUUAUCAGUGGAGGUGUGGAUGAGCGUAUGCUGCCAGAGCUAGGCCGACGACCUCAGAGCGGUGCGUCGCGAGGUGUGCAUUUGCCGACGGAGGAUGUAGUGCAGGCGGGUGCUUCGAGUGAGAUUACCGUCGCAGCAGAUCGCGUUUUCUCAUCGACACCUCAACUGCAUGGAGAGGCCAUUGUGGAAUUUGUGCAGGCGCUGUGUGACGUGUCGUGGGAGGAAAUCCAAAGUUCUGGCAUGUCGGACAACCCGCGGCUCUUCUCUCUGCAGAAAGUUGUCGAGAUUUCGUACUACAACAUGGGUCGUAUCCGAAUGGAAUGGUCGCGCUUAUGGGCCAUCCUCGGUGAGCACUUCAACCAGGUAUGCUGUCAUCCCAACCCGGCUGUGAGUGCCUUUGGCCUUGACUCGUUGCGCCAGCUAGCGACCAAGUUUUUCGAAAAGGAAGAGCUGUUGCACUUUUCGUUCCAGAAGGACUUUUUGAAGCCGUUCGAGCACACGAUGCGACGCAAUGCGGAUAUGGGGGCCAAGGAAAUGGUGCUGCAAUGUCUGGAGCAGAUGGUGCAGAGCCGCGCAGAGCGUAUUCGAUCGGGCUGGACCACGAUGCUGGGCGUAUUUGGCGUCGCUGCGAAUGCACCGGAACGCAUUGCCUUGUAUGCCUUUGACCUUGUACGCCGUGUACAUCACGACCACCUCUCCGCGAUUCUUGCGAACAACAGCUUUGGCGAUUUGUGUGUGUGUAUUGCGCACUUCGGCAAAACGUCGAAUCAGCGUGUGAGUCUGCCAGCCACAGAGAUGCUGCGCACAGUCGUACCUGUGGAAGGGGCUGAUGGCAGCAGUACCGAUACAACUAUCGACAAGGAGGACGAGACGGUGCGCCCUGAAUUGUGGCUGCCGAUGCUCUUUGCGUUGUACGAUAUUCUCAUGACGGGCGACGACCUGGAAGUGCGCCGUGUGGCGCUCACGUCGCUGUUCACCAUCAUUACCGAACAUGGCGCUUCGUUCUCUGGCGAGUUUUGGGACUCGGUCUGUAAUGAUGUGUUGUUCCCCAUCUUUAAUGUGUUGCGCAACCGCUCGGAUGUGACGCGCUUCUCGACGCAGGAGGAUAUGAGUGUAUGGCUCUCUACGACGAUGAUCCAGGCGUUGCGUCAGUUGGUGGCCCUGUGGACCCACUACUUUGAGACGCUGAAGUCGCGGCUGUCUGGCCUGUUGGAACUGCUUUGUGCCUGUAUAUGCCAAGAGAACGACACAUUGGCCCGUAUCGGUACAGCCUGUCUGCAGCAGCUCAUCGUUGAGAACAUGGACUGUAUGGACGAGAAGGGCUGGCAACAGAUUACCGAUGCAUUCCUGCGCCUGUUCCGUGCAACGACGGCGUCACAGGUAUUUGACCCAGCGCUCUCUGCAGCCGACAAUGCGAUCCCAUCGACAGAGCGUCGGCAUGCGUUCAAGCAGAUUAUCGUCAAAUGUGUGCUGCAGCUUCUUCUUAUCGAGACGGCCAACGAACUGCUACAGAACGAAGCAGUGUACGAAGCUGUGCCCAUUACGCAACUUCUGCGCUUGACAAGUGCAUUGGAAGACAGCUAUCGCUUCUCACGGCGCUUCAAUGCGGAUCGAGAACUGCGCACGGCGCUGUGGAAGGUCGGGUUCAUGAAGCAGCUGCCCAACCUGCUCAAACAGGAAAGCACCUCCGCCUCGACAUUGGUUUAUGUGUAUAUGCGUAUGCAACAAGAUUCGCGUACCCGCGACGAUACCAAUCGUCGCGCUGUAAGUGAUCGUUUGCUGCCACUGGCGGACGAAAUCAUUUCUGGGUACCUGCCGUUGGACAACGAGACCCAAGCGCGGAAUAUUGCCGCAUGGACGCCGGUGGUAUCGCAAGUGGUGCAAGGCCUAGCCGUGCUCUACGAAACAGAUCCUGAGGCGCAAGAAGCAGCGACGCGAACCUUUUACUUGUUGGUCGUGGAAUUGCUCGAUAAGGUGGCGAUGGCUCCUGCGUUAGCGGCACCACUUCGUCGGUAUCUCACCGUGGUAGGUACAUCACAUGGCCUGGUGGAUCGCGAAGCCGCUGCCGCUCGUGCGCGUGCGCGUGACGAGGCCCGCGCGCACUUGCUACGCAGCGCGCCGGCGCAUCGGGCGGAUGCGUCGCACUCAGACCUGCGCCAGGCAUCGAUGGCCAAUGCAUCAGUGGAGGUAUUGUCGCCGCCUCCAUCGGCAUAA